AGUAAACCUACUACUGUCCGCCCUCCCUUGUCCAGCUGUCUCUGCCUCAUAUUCAUCAGACUACGCUGAUCGAUCGACACACACCGCCAAAUGGUGUGGACGGACACUGUGCCAGAUGCGGCCCCCCCCUUCCCUUGGUUCCGUGAUAAGGGUGAGCUGCCCAAGCCCCUCCCAACGAUCCCCGAGAUUGAAGCAGCCACCGCGGAAUUCCCCAGCAUUUUCGACCGGGACUCUCGACGCACUGUUCUAGUAAAUGGCUGUUUUGUGGUCAAAUACGGACCUGUCGUGUUUGAGAACGAAGGCCACGCGUUGUUGCUCGUAGAGCACAUUUUGACCGUUCCUGCUCCUCGUCUCUACGCCAUGUUCCGGGAAGACGAGAAACUUUAUAUUGUCAUGGAAUUCGUACCCGGCCAGCAACUCAGCGAUAUAUGGCCGACCCUGUCUGAAGACGAGAAGACGCCUAUCGUGGCCCAGUUGCGACAGGCCGUUGACAGCCUGCGAGCUCUCCCCUCGCCAGAAAUAUUUUCCGGCGUCUUCGGGGGCCCCCUGCCCCAUCGUUACUUCUUCUCGCCGAAAAAGGACCCCCGCAUCACCGGGCCAUUUGAUAAAGAAGAAGCCUUCUGCCAUGCACUCGUCCUGCGGUCCCAAGAGAUCUGGGAUUGGUAUGGGCGGCGGGGUUGGAUGAACGAGUACUUUUCUCGCCAUCUGCCGGCGGCGCUGAGCGGUCACCGCAGCGUGUUCACGCAUUCAGAUUUUCAACGCAAGAAUAUCCUCGUCCGUGAAAAACCUGGCAGCAAUUCCGAUGGCUGUUCUGGGAGAUCUUUCGAGGUGGCAGCCAUUCUCGACUGGGAGGCUGCAGGCUGGUACCCUAGCUAUUGGGGCUAUGCAUUAUGUUUUGCCUACUUCGAUUGGUCUGACGAUUGGCCCGAGAAGGUCGAACACAUUCUAGACCCUUGUGUCCAUGAAGCUGCCGUCAUGAGAAUGGUAGGCCAGGCCUUGGAUGCUUAAUCGGCUUUUGAGAUACCAAUGCAACGCACUGUUUUUCUUUUUUCAGAAGAGAGAUGGUAGAUCCGCGAUGGUGGAACAUGGACCAGGUGCAAAUGCACUGCGGGA